AUGUCUGUCAAAAUCACCGCGCCCGCCACAGCCCGCUUCCGCGGCUGCCAGGACGAUGGCCUCGUCUGCCUCGAGAUCGAGGACGGCUCUGCCUACCAAGGCUACAGCUUCGGUGCCAAAAAGUCCAUUGCCGGAGAGCUCGUUUUCCAGACCGGCAUGGUUGGUUACCCUGAGUCGGUGACCGACCCUUCAUACCGUGGACAAAUCCUCGUCAUUACCUUCCCUCUCGUUGGCAACUACGGUGUGCCCUCUCGCGACACCAUCGACGAGCUCCUCGGCGACCUGCCCGCCCACUUCGAGUCCUCGCAGAUUCAUGUUGCUGGUCUGGUUGUUGCCUCAUACUGCGGCGAGGACUACUCCCACUUCCUCGCCCAAUCCUCCCUCGGCUCCUGGCUCAAGGAGCAGGGCGUGCCCGCCAUGUACGGUGUCGACACCCGCGCCUUGACUAAGAAGAUCCGCGAAAAGGGUAGCAUGCUUGGCAAGCUGCGCCUCGAGCUUCCCAGCGCUGCCAAUGGCACUGCCAGUGACGAGCGUACUUGUACUACUCUGGAUGCUUUCGAGAGGACUGAAUGGUCCAACCCCAACGCCGACAAUCUGGUUGCUCAGGUCUCCAUCAAGACUCCUAAGCUCUAUAAGCCCCCUGCGUCCUCUGUUCGCAAGCACCCAUCCGGUCGUACCAUUCGUGUUCUCUGUGUCGACGUCGGUAUGAAGUACAACCAGCUACGCUGCUUUCUCAAGCGCGGUGUUGAGGUCAUGGUCUGCCCUUGGGACUAUGAUCUGACCAAGGCUGCUGGCGAAGAGUACGAUGGUCUCUUCAUCUCCAACGGUCCCGGUGACCCCGCAGUCCUCGAAACCACCGUCAAGAACAUCUCUGCCGUCAUGCAAAAGAACAAGACUCCUGUCUUUGGUAUUUGCUUGGGCCACCAGCUCCUGGCCCGUGCUUCCGGCGCCGCCACCAAGAAGAUGAAGUUUGGUAAUCGCGGCCACAACAUUCCUUGCACAAGUCUGGUCUCCGGCAAGUGCCACAUUACUUCUCAGAACCAUGGUUUCGCUGUCGACGCCGAGACUCUGCCCGCAGACUGGAAAGAGCUCUUUGUCAACGCCAACGAUGGUAGCAACGAGGGUAUUAUGCACGUAGGCAAGCCCUACUUCAGUGUCCAGUUCCACCCUGAGAGUACCCCUGGUCCUCGCGACACCGAAUUCCUCUUUGAUGUCUUCAUCAACACAAUGGCGAGCUGUGCCGAGAACCCCUCUCUCCUGCAGUCUCCCGUCAGCUUCCCUGGCGGUGCUAUUGAGGAGAACGAGAGGCUCCACCCUCGCGUCUCUGUCAAGAAGGUACUUGUUCUUGGUUCAGGUGGUCUCAGCAUCGGCCAGGCCGGUGAAUUUGACUACUCUGGCAGUCAGGCCAUCAAGGCUCUGAAGGAAGAAGGCAUCUACACUGUCCUCAUCAAUCCCAAUAUCGCUACUAUCCAGACCUCCAAGGGCCUGGCUGAUAAGGUUUACUUCUUGCCUGUCAACGCCGAGUUUGUUCGCAAGGUUAUCAAGUACGAGCAUCCUGACGCCAUUUACUGCACAUUCGGUGGCCAGACUGCUCUCCAAGUCGGCAUUCAGCUCAAGGACGAGUUUGAGGCGCUCGGUGUAAAGGUUCUCGGCACCCCCAUUGAUACAAUCAUCACUACCGAGGACCGCGAACUUUUCGCUCGCAGCAUGGAGUCCAUUGGCGAGAAGUGCGCCAAGUCUGCCUCCGCCAAUAAUGUUGAGGAGGCUCUUGCUGCCGUCAAGGACAUUGGUUUCCCUGUCAUUGUCCGUGCUGCUUACGCUCUCGGUGGUCUUGGCAGUGGUUUUGCCAAUAACGAGCAGGAGCUUCUCGAUCUAUGCAACAAGGCCUUCGCCGCCAGUCCGCAGGUUCUGGUUGAGCGCAGUAUGAAGGGCUGGAAAGAAAUCGAGUACGAGGUUGUUCGCGACGCCCAGGAUAACUGUAUUACUGUUUGUAACAUGGAGAACUUUGACCCUCUCGGUAUUCACACUGGUGACUCCAUUGUUGUUGCACCUUCGCAGACUCUCUCUGACGAGGACUACAACAUGCUCCGCACCACUGCCGUCAACGUUAUUCGUCACCUUGGUGUUGUUGGCGAGUGCAACAUCCAGUACGCCCUGAACCCCUUCUCUAGGGAGUACUGCAUCAUCGAAGUCAAUGCUCGUCUGUCGCGUUCUUCCGCCUUGGCUUCCAAAGCUACCGGCUAUCCUCUGGCAUUUAUUGCUGCCAAACUUGGUCUCGGUAUCCCUCUUAAGGAGAUCAAAAACUCCGUCACCAAGGUCACCUGCGCCUGCUUCGAGCCUUCCCUGGAUUAUGUCGUCGUCAAGAUGCCUCGCUGGGACUUGAAGAAGUUUACGCGCGUCUCUACUCAGCUUGGCUCAUCUAUGAAGAGUGUUGGUGAGGUCAUGAGCAUUGGCCGUACCUUUGAGGAAGCUAUCCAGAAGGCUAUCCGAUCCAUUGACUUCCAUAACCUGGGAUUCAAUGAGACCAAGGCUCUCAUGGCUAUUGACGAUGAGCUACAGACUCCCUCUGACCAGCGUCUCUUCGCAAUCGCCAACGCUAUGCACCAAGGCUACACUGUCGAUAAGAUUUGGGAGCUCACCAACAUUGACAAGUGGUUCCUCCGCAAGCUGAAAGGUCUCAGCGACUUUGGCAAGCAUAUGUCUCAAUUUACUGCUGCUGACGUCGCCAAGGCCCCCUCUCUGCUGGUCCAGGCGAAGCGACUCGGAUUUUCUGAUGCACAAGUUGCCAAGUUUGUCAGCUCUAACGAGAUGGCCAUUCGCAGACUCCGCCUCGAUGCUGGCAUCCACCCAUUCGUCAAGCAGAUCGACACAGUCGCUGCUGAGUUCCCUGCUUUCACAAACUACCUGUACCUGACGUACAACGCUUCCGAGCACGACGUCAGCUUUGAUGACCAUGGCAUCAUGGUCCUCGGCUCCGGAGUGUACAGAAUCGGUUCUUCCGUUGAGUUCGAUUGGUGCUCUGUUCGCGCCAUUCGCACUCUGCGCGCCACUGGUUUCAAGACCGUCAUGGUCAACUACAAUCCCGAGACCGUAUCAACAGAUUAUGAUGAGGCGGACAAGCUUUAUUUCGAGAACAUCAACCAAGAAACUGUUCUCGACAUCUACAGCCUGGAGAACGCUUCGGGUGUUUUGGGUGCCAUGGGUGGUCAGACCCCCAACAAUAUCGCUCUGCCCCUCUUCCGCGCUGGCGUAAAGAUUCUCGGCACAUCUCCUGAGAUGAUUGACAAUGCCGAGAACAGAUACAAGUUCUCCCGUAUGCUGGAUCGUAUUGGUGUCGAUCAGCCUACUUGGAAGGAGCUUACCAGCUUCCAGGAGGCCAAGGCUUUCUGCGACAAGGUUUCCUACCCUGUCCUUGUCCGUCCUUCUUACGUGCUCUCUGGUGCUGCCAUGAACACUGUCUACUCCGAGAAGGAUUUGGAAUCAUACCUCGCCCAGGCUGCCGAAGUUUCCCGCGAGCAUCCCGUUGUCAUUACCAAGUACAUCGAGAAUGCCAAGGAAAUCGAAAUGGAUGCUGUUGCCAAGGACGGCACUGUCGUUGGCCACUUCAUCUCCGAGCACGUUGAGAACGCCGGUGUCCACUCUGGUGACGCUACUCUCAUCUUGCCUCCUCAAGAUCUUGAGCCUACUACAAUAGCCCGCAUCGAGGAUGCCACCCGCAAGAUUGGUGCCGCUCUGAACGUCACAGGUCCUUUCAACAUCCAGUUCAUCGCCAAGGAUAACGACAUCAAGGUCAUCGAGUGCAACGUUCGGGCCUCUCGAUCGUUCCCCUUUGUCUCCAAGGUCAUGGGUGUUGAUUUGAUUGAGAUGGCCACCAAGGCCAUCACUGGCCAGCCAUUCCAGGAGUACCCACCCACCGACCUUGCUCCCAACUGCGUCGGUGUCAAGGUCCCUCAGUUCAGUUUCUCCCGUCUUUCUGGCGCUGACCCUGUUCUGGGUGUUGAGAUGGCUUCCACUGGUGAGGUUGCUUGCUUCGGUGCUGAUAAGAAUGAGGCCUACCUCAAGGCUCUACUCUCUACCGGCUUCAAGAUCCCUAAGAGAAAUAUUCUCCUGUCUGUCGGCUCGUACAAGGACAAGAAGGAGAUGCUUCCUUCCGUGCAGAAGCUCCAGCGUCUCGGAUACAAGCUAUUUGCCACGGCCGGUACCGCUGAUUUCCUCCAGGAGCACGGUGUCCCUGUUCAGUACCUGGAGGUCCUCGGAAGUGACGAGGACAGAAACUCCGAGUUCUCUUUGUCUCAGCAUCUGGCAAACAACAUGAUUGACCUGUACAUCAACCUGCCCUCCAGCAACAAGUAUCGCCGCCCGGCCAACUAUGUCAGCAAGGGUUACCAGACUCGUCGUAUGGCUGUUGACUACCAAGUCCCUCUUGUUACCAAUGUUAAGAACGCCAAGAUCUUGAUUGAAGCUAUUGCUCGCUCUUUCGAGCUCAGCGUCUCGGGUCGCGAUUUCCAGACUAGCCACCAGACCGUUGUUCUGCCCGGCUUGAUCAACGUUGCCGCCUUUGUUCCUGGCAUCGUUUCUCCUCACAGUGCCGAUAUCCAGACUGUUAGCAAGGCCUCCAUCGCGGCUGGCUUCAGCAUGAUUCGCCUCAUGCCCCUUGGUGUUGACGGCUCCAUCACUGAUGCCAUUACGCUCAAGGCUGCUCAGCACAACAGCGCUGCCGGCGGACACUGCGAUUACAACUUCUCCAUCUCUGCUACUAGCAACAAUGCUGAGCAGAUUAGCGCAGUUGCCGGCGAAGUUGGCUCGCUCUUCAUCCCCUUCAACCACCUGUCUGGGUCCGGAAACAUCAGCAAGGUCGCUGCUGUGACUGCUCACUUUGACGCUUGGCCUACCAACAAGCCUAUGGUCACAGAUGCCAAGUUCACCGACCUCGCAUCGAUUCUUCUGCUUGCUAGCCUGCACAGCAGACGAAUUCAUGUCACUUCUGUGUCUACCAAGGAUGAUAUCCGCCUGAUUUCUCUCAGCAAGGCAAAGGGUCUCCAAGUCACCUGCGAUGUCUCAAUCUACUCGCUGUUCCUCUCCCAGAAGGACUUCCCCACUGCCGACUUCCUCCCUAGCGCCGAGGACCAGGCUGCCCUCUGGGAGAACCUGGAGACUAUUGAUGUUUUCUCUAUCGGCAGCUUGCCCUACCAGCUAGCUACCUCGCUAGGCCAUAAGGGUGAUCCUUCUAUGGGAAUUGCUGAGGCUCUUCCUCUGUUGCUCACUGCUGUCAGCGAGGGAAAACUUACUAUUGAUGACAUCAAGGCUCGUCUGUACACCAACCCCAAGGAGAUUUUUGAGCUUCACGAGCAGACCGGCACUGCCGUUGAGGUCGAAGUGGACCGUGCUUUUGUUGUUGCCAAGGGCUCUUUCUGGUCUCCUCUAGAGGGCCGUCGUCUGCAUGGCUCUGUUCGCCGCGUCACGUUCCAGAACGCCACGCUGUGCCUGGAUGGUGAGGCCCUGAAGGUUCCUCCUACUGGCAAGGACAUGUCUUCGCACAUGAUGGUCCCCCAGACUCCUGCCAUGAAGCCCACUGCUGCUGCAGUUUCCGUGGAGAGCCCCAAGGCUCGCCAGCAGGCCGCGUUCGGUACACCUCGAGCUCUCGGCCGCCUUCGUGGUGGCCUUACUUCACCCCAGGCUCUGCCUGCCCAAGGGCCUCGUGGUGUCAUCGACGACCUCGGUCUGCCUUUGCAGCUACAGCCGGCCGCCAGCACGUCGUUGCACAAGCUCUUGUCACAGCCUUCAUCGUUUAGGAAUGCGCACGUGCUCUCUGUCAAGCAGUACUCGCGUGCAGACCUGCAUCUCCUGUUCACUGUAGCCCAGGAGAUGAGACUCGGUGUUCAGCGUGAGGGAGUUCUUAACCUCCUGGGUGGUCGUGUCCUGUGCAACCUCUUCUACGAGCCCUCGACGAGAACUUCUGCUUCGUUUGAUGCGGCUAUGCAACGUCUCGGAGGCCGCACCAUCAACAUCGAUACUUCGCAGUCUUCUGUCAAGAAGGGCGAGUCUCUGCAGGAUACUCUGCGCACGCUGGCUUGCUAUGGCGACGCGGUUGUUCUCCGCCACCCCGAGGAAAACUCGGUCGACAUUGCUGCCAAGUACUGCCCAGUUCCUGUCAUCAACGGCGGCAAUGGCAGCAAAGAGCACCCGACGCAGGCUUUCCUGGAUCUGUUCGCGAUCCGCGAGGAACUCGGCACGGUCCAGGGCCUGACGAUUACUUUCCUGGGUGAUCUUCUUUACGGCAGACCGGUACACUCGCUGGUCUACCUGCUUCAGCACUACCAGGUGCAGGUGCAGCUCGUUGCCCCCAAGGGCCUAGAGCUGCCCGCUCAGGUUCGCGAUCAGCUCGUUGCCUCUGGCCAGCUGUUGUGCGAGUCUGAGACUCUGACUCCUGAGAUCCUGGCCCGCAGCGAUGUGCUGUACUGCACGCGCGUGCAGCGCGAGCGCUUUGGCAGCGAUGCGGAGUAUCAGAAGGUGAAGAACUCGUACCGAGUGGAUAACGCAACGCUGAAGAGCGCCAAGAGCUCGACGGUUGUUCUGCACCCGCUGCCACGCAACGAGGAGGUUGCGGAGGAGGUCGACUUUGACCAGCGGGCGGCGUACUUUAGACAGAUGAGAUAUGGCUUGUACUGCCGGAUGGCUCUGCUGGCGUUGGUGAUGGCCAGUUCUUGA